AUGAACCAGGACACAUCGUCUGAUGAUUCUAGCUACGAUCUCAACAGUCAGGCUGUACAGGGACAUCAGCCAGACAACACCAACGGCGGAGAAACGACCAGCCUAGCGAAUGGGCAGGUCAUCCCAGAAGUUCUGCCAUCAUUGUCGACCCUGCUGAACGCACAGACUGGCGGGGUCGCCACCAACCCCAGCACCUUCGAGCUGGGUCUAGAUCGAGGAUGGAAAGUUCCCACCCUGGACCGUGUGCAAGCCCCCCCCGCGAAUGUAGAGGUGAUUCCUCGCGCUCAGAUGGACUUCCCGCUUCUUGACGACGCUUUUGUGCAGUGGCCGUGGGACGAGCCGUUCUAUGCUCUCCCGUGGUCAGAAGAUGUGGGCAGGAAUGUCGCAGCAAGACACACCGAUCCAGACAAUGGAGAAUAUCAGUCUUCGGGUUUGUUUCUGGGGCUGAUCCCGUCGGAAAUCGAGCAAGCCAAAGUCAACUUGCAGCUGUUCGACGUGGAAAAUCGACUCUGCGACUUUGUGUUUCCCACAAAUUAUAUGGUCAUUAGGCUCGUCAGAGGAUUCUUCAAACACUUCGCGCCGCACUGCCCUAUUAUCCAUGCACCAACGUUCUCGAUCGGCACGAUUCAAGCACCUCUCUUGCUCGCUGUCAUGGCGUGCGGAGCGGUCUACCUGAAUGAGCAAGAGAUUAGUAUUAGGCUAUAUUACGCCUAUCACGGUCAAGGUCUGACAUGGACUGCGUCACAGAACGAAGAUUUAGUCAUCGCUGGACAGAGAGACUCGGGUUUCCAGCUAUGGGAGUUACAAACGAGGCUCCUUACCUGCCAGUACGGACUCUAUGGAGGUGAUGAUCGGAUCCAACGACAGGCAAGAUUGUCUUUUACAAGGCUUCACCUUUGCCGAGAAGCUUCUGUCGAAGCGACAAAAGUCUCUGCAAAUGACUGGACAGGAUGGGUAUUCCGUGAGAGCAUGAUUAGAUGCGUGUCCUGGACCACUGUCCUCCGAGCAGUCCUGCUCUGUAACGAGGAUAAUGCGGUACUGAGGAGCUCCAACACCGAGUUGGAGGGGUCGCUGCCCUGUUCCGAGGAACUGUGGACAGCGGGCGGACUCAGUUGGCAGAAUUCGACCCGAGUCACAAUUUCCUCGGUGGUAUGCUUUCGACAGCUUCUCUCGGGCGCUCCACUCGACAACACAAUCAGUCCAUUUGGCCUAUUGACCCUGAUCAGCGUCAUCCUUUCGCACAUCUCCACACUUCGCCUGGGCAAUGCUACUGGGACGGUCGUGGCAGAUGAGGACUCGCUCCGCCUGGCACUGCAUACGUGGGAGGAGGCGUGGAGAACGCAUCCACACUGUACCACGGUCCCGGACGCGCCACAGGGCCCAUUGAUGGCCAACGCACUGGUCGUCCUCAAUGCGGCGUACUAUCGUCUGUAUGCGAACGCGCAGAUGAACGAGAUGAAGGCACUCGCUCUCCUGCCUGUCGACCAGGUAUCUCGGAGUCGGAUCGCCAAGCUGUAUCAGCUCGAUAACCCUCCCGACCUCAUGAAAGCAAUCGUCCGCGCGUGCCGUUGCCUGCUAGUGCGCGUUCGCUUGGGAUUGGGCUACCUGCUGAAGACAUCGUGCUUAAACUAUCCCUGUUAUGCCCCGCUCGCAGCGUAUGAAGGCAGUCUCCUAAUGUGCUGGUAUCUUCUGGGACGGCGCCUCAUGGAGAUUCCAGGACCGGAAGAGCUCGUCAUCACGACCAUGAUGGACGAGAUCGUGGCGGAGAGCGAAUACAAGUACGAAAAGCCGAUUCCGAGGGAGCUGCUCCCCAUCAUGAUCUACCGGGACAUGAUCCGCGAGCGCUGGGUCUGGCCUGCAACAUGUAAUGUCUUGUCGAAUAAUCUCGACGGGAUGAUCACGAGGCUCAAGCCGGUUCUCGACGGGCUCCAAGCUUAUUCUUCGGACAACUAA